AUGACAGGAGAUAAAGAAAUGAUGGAGGGAGAGGAUGGCAAUGAAAUGACGGAGGGAGAGGAUGGCGGUGCUGAGGAGAAAGAGAUCACUGAAAGGCCAAAAUGGGACAAUAAACUCCAAUAUUUGCUAACCUGCAUAGGUUUUGCUGUGGGACUUGGAAAUGUGUGGAGAUUUCCAUAUUUGUGUCAAACCUAUGGUGGAGGUGCGUUUCUGAUUCCUUAUCUCAUUGCGUUGGUGCUGGAGGGACUUCCACUGCUGCACAUUGAACUGGCCAUCGGACAGCGGCUCCGUCUGGGAAGUGUUGGAGUGUGGAACUCCAUCUCACCAUAUCUGGGAGGUCUCGGUGUUGCUUCCAUGAUGGUGUCCUUCCUUGUUAGUAUGUUCUACAACAUGAUCCUGGCCUGGAUCCUCUGGUACUUCUUCCACUCCUUUCAGGAUCCCCUUCCCUGGAGGAACUGUCCAGUAAACUUGAAUCAUACUGGCUAUAUAAGUGAAUGUGAGAAGAGCUCACCGGUGAAUUACUUUUGGUAUCAUGAAACACUGAACAUAACGCCGAACAUCCAGACCAGUGGGUCCAUAGAGUGGUGGCUCGUGUUGUGUCUCGCAUCCGCUUGGUGCCUUGUGUACAUCGGCUUCAUACGUGGAAUUGAGACUAUUGGAAAGGCUAUUUAUGUCACCGUCACCUUCCCGUAUCUCGUCUUGACCAUCUUCUUGAUCAGAGCCUUGACUCUGCCCGGAGCAGCUGACGGCUUAGUUUAUCUCUUCACUCCAAAUUGGGAAACCUUGAAAAAUCCACAGGUGUGGCUGGAUGCUGCCACUCAGAUCUUCUUCUCCUUGUCUUUGGCCUUUGGAGGACUCAUUGCUUUCUCCAGUUAUAAUCCUCAGAAGAACAACUGCGAGAUGGACACCCUGAUUGUCGGAUGUGUCAACAGUUUUACAUCAAUAUAUGCAUCAAUUCCUAUUUUUGCCAUUCUUGGAUUUAAAGCUAAUGAAAACUACAAUACCUGCCAAAACUGGAACAUACUGCAGUUGACAAAUGCAUUUAACGUCGGGGAUGAAAACAUAACUGUUGCAAACUAUCAAGAUUGGCUAAACCAUCUCAAUGCAACUGAUCCCUCUGAGGUGGAAAGCCUCGAUCUGAAGACCUGCGACCUUCACACUUUCCUGGAACAGAGCGCCUCAGGAACCGGCCUGGCCUUCAUCGUGUUCACUGAGGCUGUGAUAAACAUGCCGGGAUCGCAGGUCUGGGCGGUGCUCUUCUUUGUUAUGCUCUUCUGCCUGGGUCUGUCCUCCAUGUUUGGAAAUCUCCAGGGAGUUCUGACUCCUCUGAUGGACCUGCACAUGAUUCCAACCUGGAUGCCGAAGGAGGUUUUCACAGGCUUAAUCUGCCUCCUCGCCUUCACCAUCUCCCUCAUCUUUACGUUGGGCUCCGGAAACUACUGGCUGGAGAUUUUUAACAACUACGUGGGAUCCAUGCCUCUGCUCAUCAUCGCCUUCUUUGAGAUCGUGACUGUGGCAUACGUCUAUGGGAUAAAUAGGUUUAACGAUGACAUUGAGUGGAUGACGGGACGGAGACCAAACAUCUACUGGCAGGCGACGUGGCGUUUUAUCAGCCCCUUCCUGCUCUUGGUGGUUUUUGUGGCGUAUGUCGUGACGGAGGCCGAGCAGCCGGCGACGUAUAACGCCUGGAACCCGGAUUAUGUGUACUUCCCCCUUGCUGAAGUUCUGUCCUAUCCUGGAUGGGUCGUCGCCAUCUGUGCGCUCUUGUCUGUCGUUCCGGUCGUCUCCAUCCCUCUCGUGGCUUCCUACAGAUUCGCAAUGUCCCAGCGAGCAGACGCCUCCCAGUGCGGCGGGGUCGUGGUCGAGUUUGAGUCUGACGACAUCAGGGAUGCAAGGGAUGACAACGCUAGAACUAUACCAGGUGAACUUUAA